UGUGUUGUGUCUGGGCGUCGCGUGGUUGUGGUGUCCGCGGCCUCCUCCCGCCUCGUCAGCCGUCAGCUUCCCUUGCGCCGUCAGACGAGCUCUCCUCAUCCCCCGUCAGCUGUCAGCUUCUGUCCUCCUCCUCUUCAUCCUCUUCGCCGCUAUCAGCAAAUAAGGACUUCGACCUGGCUGGUUCGCCGAAUUCGCGGAGUGGAGUUGGGAGUACACUGAGAAAAUAAAACCAAUGUGAACUCACGGAUCUGAACAUAUAGAAAAUGGAAUACCAGUGUAGUGACAUAACAGUAAGGACGAAAUAGAAAAGAAGGAGAGCGAUAAAAGAAAGAGAGAAAGAGAAAGAGAGAGGGAGAUAAAGAGAGAGAGAGCAAUGGAAUUCGGACUCGGCCUCGUGACGGCGCCCCCUGACCCGGAGUGCGGCAGCGGCGAGUGUGACGGCUUCGUCGUGCCCCACACAAUCCCUUCGCCCCAGACCGCUGCCGUCAACUCCAUGUUCCCUUCCGUCACCACCUCCUCCCCGGCCACCGACGUCGAGCCUCCGGAAGACGCCGACGGCCUGCCCAACCUCUCGUUCCCCGCAUACAUGCAGGGCAUCUACACGACCUGGUGCCUGGUCCUCCUGCUGGUGGGUCUUGCGGGGAACAUCCUGGUGCCUGUCCUGGUGCUGCGGGACCGCGAGCUCCGGGGGGCGUCCACCAGCAUCUUCAUCGUCAACCUGGUGGCGGCGGACCUGCUGGUGCUCGUGGUGUGCCUCCCGGCCCUGCUGUGCGAGCUCUACGCCCCUCCCGACGUCUGGGUCCUCCCGCCGUCCAUGUGUAAAGUGGUGCCCUACGUGGAGUUCACGGUGGCCCACGCGUCGAUGCUGACCAUCCUGGCCAUCUCCGUCGAGCGGUACCGAGCCAUCUGCCACCCGCUGACCGCAGCAGCGACGUGCAGCAGAGCCAGGGCCACGGCCGCUUGCCUGUUGGUCUGGGUCCUCGCCACGUCAAUCACCAGCCCCGUCAUCGCUCUUACGGAAUAUGAACGCACGAGUUACGUAGAUGAUUCGGUUGUACCUGUUUGCUAUACUCGCAUCGACAAACUCUGGGCCAAGGUGUUCGUCGUAUCUUCCAUGGUGGUCUUGUUCUUCCUUCCGCUGAUCAUCCUUGUGCUCCUGUACUGGAGGAUCGCCCGGCAGCUGCUCCUCGAGGAUAAGCAGCUGUGCAGAGACAAGCCUAACCCCAACUUACAAGCCAGAAAGCAGGUGGUGGUGAUGCUAGGAACGGUGGUGGUGGUCUUCUUCGUGUGCCUGUUGCCUUACCGUGUCUUCAGUCUGUGGAUCAUCUUCACUAGCAAGGAAACGGAACAGUCGCUCGGCCAGGAGGUCCACUUCAACCUGCUCUACGCGACCCGCACACUCGUCUACGUCAACUCGGCCAUCAAUCCCGUCCUUUACAACAUCACUUCGUCCAAGUUUCGUGGAGCUUUUUUCAGGCUCCUAGGCCUCCGCGGCGCCGACGGCACGACCUCCUCGACCCACCAGACCACCACGACCACGACGGCCAGCGCCUCCCUGUCCAGCACCCUCAACAAGUCGCGCCACCCGUGGAAGAGCCAGAGGCUGCUGGUGCGCUGCAGCUACACGUGUCUCAGCUGGGAGGGGGAGACGCGGCCUUUGGUGGACCGCCGGCCCGCCCGAGCGGCCACCUGGGCCAGCACCAACGCCGCCAUCCAGCAGAGUCCGGCCGCCAGCCCGUUCCUGGCGAGGGCGCCGUGCACGCGGGCCGCGGUCAAGGAGGCGGAGAGCUUCGUCUGAGGAGACCGUGGGAGGGAUUCCGACAGAGCGCCUUGCUCGUUUCUUCUCCCUUUUCAAACCCGGGAAUUUACGCUUUCGGUGUUCCGUGUGCUGUGGGUGUGCGUGGUGUGUGUACGUAUGUGUGUGUGUUUCACCUUUGUUGUAAAUAUGUUAUUCGAUAUAUUGCGCAGAUCUGUUAUACUUAAGGUAUUUGGCUACAGUAAAUUCAUAAUGUAU